AUGUCGGCUAGCGAGCCUCGUGACGAGGAUAACAUGGUUGACGUUGGCAUGGUCAUCCACGGGCACCCCCGCAAGGCUUGUGAAGACACAUAUUUGAUGAAAGGGGGCGAUGCCGGCGGCAUCGUGAUCGGUGUGCUGGACGGCGUGGGCGGCAGCAGAAUCAAGGGCUCCCCAAUGAGUGUUGCGCGCUAUGUGGAGGCGCUGUCUGCCAACGUGGUCGCCGCCCUGGAGUUGCCCUGCUGGGAGUGCGAGCAGCUGCGGACAGCCGUGCGAGACGGCGCGGCGAAAACACAGCUGCCGGGCGCAUCGACGGCAUGCGUGGUGGCGCUCGGGCCCGACUACCGCAGCGCGUCUGCACUCAACCUUGGAGACUCGGGCUUUGUGCUGCUGCGCGGCGGCGCCGACGCCCGCAUCGUGCUCGCCAGCACAACCCAGCAGCACUACUGGAACAUUGAGGGCGGCGCGUGGUGCGGGGAGGAGGUGCUGCGCUCCGCAGAGGCCAUAAACUUUGACGUCGAGCCGGGUGAUCUCAUCGUGCUGGGUGCCACUGAGCCCAGCGCUGAUGGGCCAGGCGCGGCCGAGACGCGCCCCCAGGGCCCCAGCGACGGCGGCUGCGCCGACGCCAGCAGCUGCGAGAGCGGCUGCACUGCGUUGGGCCGUUCGAGCAGCAACAGCAGCAGCCUGAGCAGCGGCAGCGGUGGCGGCGGCUUGGGCGUGGCGGCGGCGGCGGCGGCGUGGCCAUCUGCACAGGGUGUUGCGGAGGCGCUCGCAAUGGCAGCCAAAAUCAACAGUACAGACCCUCAGUUCGUGUCGCCCUUCGGGCUGGUGGACCGCGCAAUCAGGCGUCAUGAGAAGUCCGUCACCAGCGGCAACCUGCUGCAGGCGAUUGGCUCAGGGAAAGUGGAUGACAUCACAUGCCUUGCCAUGUUGGUGCCCCAUGCGCGACAGGGCGCCGCCACCGCGUCCUGUGCGGCGGGUGCCGUGGGCGCGGUCGCUGUCGGGGCGCUGGGCGGCGCCACCACCUGGGCCCAGGACGGCGGCGGUGAUGAGGCAGCGGGCAGCAGCAUCGUGCCUGCGUGCGCGCGGGGUGAGCAAGCGCGGCUUGCGCCUCCGCUGUGGCGGCAGCCUGGGGUGCUAACCUGGGACAAGCUGGUGCGCUGCAGCGCGGCCGGCAAGCCGGGCGAGCAGGAGCAGCGCGCGGCGGAGGGCGGGGAGGGCGCCGAGGACGCCGAGGAGACUCAGUGGUGCGGCGAGCCGAGCGCCUCUGCGGCGGCGGCGGCAGAGGUCGGCAGCGAUUGGGGCUGCGGCUGGGGCGACACAGAGGCGCAGUGGGCGGCGGAGGGCUGGGCGGCUGCUCAGGAGCAGCUGCAGUGGGGCGACGGCGGGCAGGGAGGGUGGGGCCAGGGUGACGGGCAGGCGCAGGCCGACGGGUGGAGCCGGGGCGGCUGGCAGGAUGAGCGCCCGCCGGGCGCCUGGACGGCUUUAGAGACGUCGGGCCAAGGGGGGGCGGAGGGUGGGCAGGCGGAGGCGCAGCCCAAUGUAGGACAGGAGGCGCGGCCAGCGCAGGAGCACAAGCAGGAGCAGGAGUUUGGAUUGCAGUGCCAGCUGCAGCAGCUAGGUCAGACAGCAUUGCCUUCAGGCAAUGGCUAUCAAGAGUGGCAGGAGGCUUGUGUAGAUAAGGGGCUGAACGUAGCAGCAGAAGCGGGCCAGGCGCCCGGUCCAGAACAGACGGAGGAGCAGCUGCAGCAGCUGCAACAGCACCAGGAGGGACAGCAGCAGCAACAGCAUAAGGAGCAGCAGGCAGACCAGCAGCAGCAGCAGCAGCAGGAGAGGCAGCAGGCAGACCAGCAGCAGCCGGAGGCACAGCAGACAGAGCAGCAGCAGCAGGAGGGACAGCAGGACGCGCAGCCGCGGCAAAAGGAGCAGCAGCAGGAGGAGCAGCAUCAGAAACAGCAGCAUCCGUCAGGCGAGGACGUGGAGAGUGCUAGAGUGGACUCUCACAACCACUGCAGUGGCCUGGAGGCCAGCAGCGGCCGGAAGGGUCAGGUCCCAGCCUCCCAUGGGACCGGGGCUUUCCAGGUCUCGAGCGGCGGCAAGGAGUGCACCUAUAACGGCAGCGGGGGCUGCAGCGCCCCAGCGAGCUGCUCGGUUGGGUGUGAGGGCAGCAAGGGCGGGCCAGAGCAGCAGGGUGAGAGCGUCGCGGGCGCCGCUGACGGAAGGGGCAGUAUCAGUGCCGCAGAGGAGAUUGCAAGCCUGAGGCUGCAGGUGGCCUCCCUGACGCACCAGCUGAAUGCAUGCCGGCGCCAGGCCGAGCACGCCGGCGCUGCGGUCGCGGCGAUGGCGGCCGCCGCGACAACGGCGGCGCUGGGCGUGUCGCCUUGCAAGGCGGCGGCGCCAUGA